GUGUGUGUGUGUGUGUGUGUGUGUUUCUAUCAGGGUGGAUCAAUGCAGGAGCCUGAGCUACACACACACACACACACGCUCGCUCUGUCCGCGCAUCCGCAGCGUCGCGUCGCUCUGUCUCUCUCUCUCUCGCUCGCGGCAGACGCGGGCCGCUCCUGGAUAUGUGCAUGUUAUAAAGCCGCCGCCGAAUCGUAGGUCGAAGGCCAGGAGACAUGCCGGUGUGACGGGCAUCGGAUAUCCGUAUCUUCCGCGCUAUCUUCGCUAAGCCCGGCUCCGCGGCUCUGCUGUACCGAGCGCCGGUGCUGGAGCAAGCGGCCUGUAAACACAAGAUGUCGACCAGAACGCCAUUGCCCACCGUUAACGAGCGCGACGCCGAGAAUCACACGUCUGUCGAUGGCUACACGGACACACCAGCACCACCCACGAAAUCAGCGAGUCGACAGAGUCUCCCGCGCUGCCGCAACUCAGUGGCGUCCAUCACAGACGAACAACCUCACAUCGGGAACUACAGACUCCUCAAAACCAUCGGCAAAGGGAACUUUGCUAAAGUCAAACUCGCCCGCCAUGUUUUAACAGGAAGAGAGGUAGCGGUGAAGAUCAUUGAUAAAACACAGCUCAACCCCACAAGUCUACAAAAGCUCUUUCGUGAAGUGAGGAUUAUGAAGGUCUUAAAUCAUCCUAAUAUAGUUAAGUUAUUUGAAGUAAUUGAAACAGAGAAGACACUUUAUUUAAUAAUGGAGUAUGCAAGUGGAGGUGAAGUGUUUGACUACUUAGUCGCUCAUGGGAGGAUGAAGGAAAAGGAAGCCAGAGCAAAGUUUCGACAGAUUGUGUCUGCAGUGCAAUAUUGCCAUCAGAAGAGAAUAGUCCACAGGGAUCUCAAGGCUGAAAACUUGCUGCUAGACGCAGACAUGAAUAUAAAGAUAGCGGACUUUGGCUUCAGUAACGAGUUCACCAUCGGAAGUAAGCUGGACACGUUCUGUGGAAGUCCUCCGUACGCGGCUCCUGAGCUCUUCCAGGGGAAGAAGUACGACGGGCCAGAGGUGGACGUCUGGAGUCUUGGGGUCAUCCUCUACACGCUUGUCAGCGGCUCGCUUCCCUUUGACGGACAGAAUUUGAAGGAGCUGCGAGAGAGAGUUUUGCGAGGGAAGUAUCGUAUACCGUUCUACAUGUCCACAGACUGUGAAAACCUUCUGAAGAAACUGUUGGUGCUUAAUCCAGGCAAACGUGGAAGUCUAGAGCAAAUCAUGAAGGACCGCUGGAUAAAUGUAGGUCAUGAUGAAGAGGAGCUGAAGCCCUAUACAGAACCUGAGCCAGACUUCAGCGACACCAAACGGAUAGAGCUGAUGAUCACUAUGGGUUUCCCUAAAGAUGAGAUCACAGAGGCAUUAGUAGGGCAGAAGUAUGAUGAGGUCAUGGCCACGUAUCUUCUGCUGGGAAGGAAACCUCCAGAGUUUGAAGGAAGCGAUUCGCUGUCCACCACAAACCUGUGUCAAAGGUCUCGACCCAGUAGCGACCUGAACAACAGCUCUACGCAGUCACCCGCACACUCCAAAGUCCAGCGCAGUAUCUCGGCCACGCAGAAACAGCGACGAUUCAGCGACCAUGUUGCUCCGUCCAUACCUCCGGCCGUCUCCUACACCAAACGCUCUCAGGCCAACAGCGUGGAGGGAGAGAAGAAGGAGGAGUGGGAGGCGUCCCGUAAGCUUCCUUCCUCCAGCUCUAAAGGAGACAUGGCCGCCUCUCCUCUGGUGGCCCAGGAACGCAGGAAGUCCUCCACAGCUUCAGGGAAUAGCGCUGCUGGUGGAAUGACGAGGAGAAAUACGUACGUUUGUGAGCGAUCCAGUACAGACCGCUACUCAGCCAUACCCAACGGCAAAGACAGCAGUUUGACGGAGAUGUCCACUUCUGCGAGUGGGUCUUCCUCGGUGUCUCCAGGAGCGCCCUCCGCACUGGCGUCCACUCGACCGCGGCACGUGAAGUCCAUGUCCGCCUCAGGCCACCCCACCAAGUCUCCGCUGCCGCCCAUCGAGGACAACGCUGAAUUCAAGGGCUCUAGCUCCAGGGCUCCAUCCACGUCUCCGUCAGCUCACAGCAUCAGCAGUAUGACUCCGGAUCGGACCCGUUUUCCUCGGGGCACCUCCAGCCGCAGCACCUUCCACGGGGCGCAGCUCAGAGACCGCCGCAGCGCCACAUACAACGGCCCUCCCGCGUCGCCCACACUGUCCCACGACACGGGCGCUCUCGCCCAGGCCCGCAGGGGAACCUCGUCCGGAUUCAUCAGCAAGCUCACCUCCAAGUUUGCGCGGAGGGUACCCAGUGAAGGAGAGGCCCGCGGUCGGGCGUACAGUUUGAGGAGCGGAUCCGGAGAACCCAAGGAGGAAGGCCGUGACUCGAAGCCCAGAUCGCUGCGUUUCACUUGGAGCAUGAAGACCACCUCGUCCAUGGAGCCGGGAGACAUGAUGAGAGAAAUCCGCAAGGUGCUGGACGCCAACAACUGCGACUACGAGCAGCGCGAGCGCUUCUUGCUCUUCUGCGUGCACGGCGAUGCGCGGCAGGACAGUCUCGUCCAAUGGGAGAUGGAGGUGUGCAAACUGCCCCGCCUGUCUCUCAAUGGCGUGCGCUUCAAACGCAUAUCGGGGACGUCCAUCGCCUUCAAGAACAUCGCUUCGAAAAUUGCCAAUGAGCUCAAGCUGUAAGCAAAGGGUUCAAAAAAAUACACGACUAUAGGGAACACUAAAAAAGGAAUCUCACCAGGAAGUUUGAGCACCAUUUUGAGUUACUGCUUCUGUAAGCUACUGCUGUAAUGUGUAGUGGAGAAAAAAUAUGAAUGCAAAAAGAUGAAAAGAGAAAAAACGCCCUAGCCUGAUCUUCAUGACCUCUCGCAUAUACGCCUGGUUAAAUCAACCAUCUUGCAAUAAUAUCGAAACCCUUUCAGGGUCGGCAGGACAGAGAUCUGUCGAGCGAAUUAUCGUAACAGACUUAAAACCGACUUUUCCACAUGUACAGUUAAAAUAUAGAAUGUUUUUGUUGUAUUGAAUUGAUGAUAGAGUUGUAUAAUACAAGACUUUCAGCCUACUUAUGUGGAGGUGUUGUAUAGUCACUAUUGAGCUCUGUACAGAAAAAUUAUGUUCAAUGUGUCAUACUUGUUUAGUUGCUUUCUUUCUUCCUUGUUUUUUUAGAUUUUGAGACCACUCAGUUUUAACAGUUGUUUUAUAACUUAUCAACAUUUGUUUUUAAAGGGAGAGUUGAUCCAACGAUGGACGUUCUGUCAUUUUCAUGUGGUAACAAGCCUGUAUGUUGUUAUUUUUCAUGGAAGUAGAACAUUUUGAAGAAUUAUGCAGCUUUUUCUGACUAAUUAUCGCAAAAAUUAUAAAACACCGUAAUAAUAAUUCACACAAUGCAACUUCAGUGCAAUAGCCAUAACAGUUACACUUUGUGUAACAAUCCAAAAUCCAAGUUGUUAAUCACUGAAAAUGUGCAUUUAAAAAAAAAAAUUAAAUUAAUUAAAUAACAGCAUACAUGGCAGGACAUGAGGGCAGAAGUUUCAUUUUGGAUGAAUUAUCCUUUUAAUUCAGAGUGAGAAUUAGAUGUGAUCAUAACAUCAGAAUUAACGAGUAAGUGUUUUGUAGAGCAGGCAGUGUGUUUCCCAGAUGCAGAUGGUUUGGAUGUACAAAUCAGCUAGAAAUUAGUAAACGAACGUCAACAUUAUCAUUCCAUACAGAACAUACACUGAUACUAACAUCAUGGAGCUGUAGUGCAGAAAUCCUGCGGCGUGUUUGGAGCAGGAGUGGCCAGUUCAGCAACACUGAGCCGAGUGUUUUCCUUCGAAAUCAAGAGAAGAGAAAAGCUUCAACUGUAAAGGCCCUUGCACACUGAGUCCGAAAUUUUCGUAUUCGUCAUCUUUUCUUAUCAAAAUGCUUGUUGCGGAUGCAAAAAAAAAAAUCGAAUCAGGUUCGAUUUUCUGCGUUAUGACGGACGAAAGUUUCGAAGGCAGUGUGUAAACGUGAUUGACACAACGUGAGGUCGUAUUUAUUUUUUAACGUUAGGGUUAAAAUUCGGACGAACAUUUUGGACUCGGCGUGCAAUGACCUUAACUCCAAGACAUUUAUUUAUUAAGCCAUUUUAUGCCUUCCUGUUUUAUUAACUGUGGAAAUUCAUCCAGAGAAUGCAUGACUUUUUUUUUUUUUUUGUAAACUGUUAAUUGUUUUGUAAUAAGUGGUGAUGAUGAAGAUGAAGAUGGGUUACGACCACUCGUACUGGUACUUUCUACUAGUUCUUUUGUACUGAAGUAUCGAAGGUUAAAUGUGCAAUGCUGUCUAUGUUGUAUUACUGUUAUGCUGACUAAAGAGGUUGUGACUGCUCACUUUUAAGGGAAGAUGAGGUCAAGUUUGCGUAGUUUGAGAAAAAGGAUUAGUGACUAAAAAUAUUAAAGGGUAAAGCUGUGAUUAAGGUUCAGAGAGGCAAUGAAUGUUCGAAUGUCCACUGUGAUGUUCCAUUUUGUGACGGUACAUUUCCAGUUUUUAUUUGAUUUUAUUUUUAUUUUUUAAAGGCUGUAUGGAUGGGAAGCAAGCUGAAGGCUGAGGAUCUCCAAAAAAUGCAGUUAAACUCAACACAUUUCAUCCUUCCACACACUCUUCCCAUUUAUUCUCUGGACAUAGUACUGUACAUUUCUGCGGAAAAAUCCCUUGGGCCACUGUGGUUCAGUCCCACUGGAGCACAUUAAAGCUUACUUGAAAUGA